CUUGCAUUGCUAUGCCCGCCACUUCGAUAGAUGGUGAGUCGACUCGGGGCAGGGUUCAGACUGCUUUGUUUCCACAUCCUGCUUUGUUGCACAGGGUCCCAGACUGUGCCAGACGUGAUUGCCUCACACGACCUGGGCAGCCAGCCCCGCCAACCGUCACAUGGGGUCGCGCUGAUCCCUCGCUCACACCGCCGACACCUCAAGACAGCCGUUGCCUGCAUCCUCGCCCAACUCGCAGCGACGCUGUCGGCUUGUUGAGCCUCGCCGAAGUACUGGCGCUGCGAGUUAUUCACUCAUUCUUGCGACCGCUGCCUGUCGUCGGACCAGGUGGGCCAUAGCUGUGCUCUCGGCAUAGCAGUGAGCACGUUCGCGAGCGCUAUCGCACAGAGCGACAUUCCGGAUCCCCAACUUGCAUCUUUCACCAAUACACACUCCGAUCGAGACUUGAUCGCGGCGGGAUCGAGACAAGAUUACUGUCCAGGAGACAAAAUGAACAACAUGAAUCAGCGACCAGCGCACACGAGCGAUCACUUUCAGCGGCCUUCAGGUCACACGUCAGCCAUGGCAUCACGUUCUCAAUCGUUUGACAGGCGCACACGCGCAGAAGUCGAUUCAUGGGUCGAGAUAGCCUCACAACCAUCUUCGUCUUCACUAUCAUCGAUCGGCGACAAUAUCGUCACAACAGGGCUACGAGUGCAAGGCGAGCAGAGAUCGAGACGACGGCGAGCACAACGGCCUGCUGCACCUACCCAUCUCAACCUCGUGAGGACGCAAAGCGUAGGCGGCACGAGCAGUCAGGAAGAGUACGAAGAAAGUGAAAGCGAAUCGGACAGGAUCAUGACUUCAUCUAACGAAGGACCCAUUACAUUGCAAGGACAAAGAACAGCAGGCGGCACCUCAACGCAGACCACAGCACCUGACGAGGGACUUCUGCAGUCAUCUAAUGAUGACGACGAUGAGAACCGAACAGCUAUCAAUUACCCGAUCAACACCGAGAACUGCUUCACACCACUGCCGAACGCAUUCUCUCAUCCGCCCGGCGCGCAAAGACGGACCCCAGCACAGCAAGCCCCAGGUUCAUACUUUCCGGCAACAAGACCUGGCCCUUUCCGACGCCCAUCGACUCGGCACUCGUACCCCACAGGCACUGAUGCACGGCGACCAAGUCACAUCACUCAGAACCCUCUGUCGCCCUCGUUCAAUGCUACAGUUGAGCAUGAUGAGGCACUCAAAGCGAGCUUGCAGAGCCUGCUAUCAGUUGCGGCAGCUGCACGAGGGAUCAACAAAGUCGAUUCCAAACAACCGUCCACUAUGAAUAUGGCUCCACGAAGCAAUAGGAUCGACCCCACCACGUUUCGACUAGUGCCUGAAUCGGCACUCCAGAACACACCUUCUCCCCAGAGGGAGGAGCCUACAUUCAAGCCAACGAUCCGCCGUUCCUCGACGCAGUCGACCGAGACAACGUCUGAUCUCAAAGAGGGCAAGCGGAAAACACUUCCUGGACGAAGCUCAAGUAGGGAGCGAAGAUCCCUGAAGAAAGCCAAGAGGUCAGAGUCUCGUGAAGGCUUGCAUGUGACGCCAACCCUUCUUACCUGGGUGGUUUCAGCCGGAGUCGUGGUCUUUUUGAGUGCAUUGAGCUUCAGCGCCGGCUACAGUGUCGGGAAAGAGGCUGGGCGCCUUGAAGCUUCCACGUUUGCCGGGGAUGAGCAAUUGAGGUCUUGCGCCCGAGAGGCUGGCAGGUCUAGUCUGGGCUUGAAGAGAUCUUUGGCGCGAAGUGCCAUUCAGGUUUGAGCAUCUGUUCGCGAGGCUCGCAUGAGGAUGGUGUUUACGACAUUUUGACGAAGUUAUGGGAUAUGGUGCAUCGAUAGAGAAUCUCAUGGAGGAAGAUACCACUGUUUGUUUGUCAUGUUUUGGAGUUUGACGAGAGCAAAGGGAGGUCAAAAGGUGUUGGCCGCGGAUGAUUUGGAGCGGCCGCAUAACUGGCGAGA